AUUGAUCAAAACCAAACCUGAGGAGUUUUCUAUCUUAAUUCUCUGUAUGUCUAUUGUUUGCGUUUCUAUCGUUUCAACUGCGUUUGAAGCUUCGCUCGUGAGAUAUUCAACUAGUUUUCAAUCAAAUUUUUGUUCUAAUUAUUCGCUGUGGAGGUUUUAAAGGUAAUACGUGAUCAUGGAGAUGAUAUCAAGUAGUAAAAACAGUAGUAGUAAUUUAUUAUCCAUAAUGCGUAAUUGGCAAUCUGUUUGUGACGGUAACGGUAACUCUUUCACCGAUUCCGAGCCAUCUCAGUACUCUAUCUCUCUUUGCCCUGGGCCUCAGUGGUGGUCCGAUGCCCCCCAUGCCGCAAUAGUAGCCAAACGCAACAGAGAGGGCAGUAGCGGCAUGGGCAACAAAAUUCAAUCGGAGCUCUCUGUACUGGAUUUAAAACCAGUGCAAGAAUACGAACUAUUGGAAGACGUCAAUAAACAUUACAUGGUUAGGAUUACAUUUAAAAUGCAAAUCACUGCCGAUGUUGAUAUACAAUGGGACACUAUAUUAUCUGGUCGUAAGCUCUAUAUACAGGUGGCUGAUGCACAAAGACCAGUUGGAUCAAAGGAAGGAUUUUUGGCAAUGUUGGAAUACGCAGAAGAGUAUUUAAAUGUAUCACAUAUCAUUGUUUGUUUUGCCAAAAAACAUCCCGAAAGAAAUGUGUUAGUCAGAGGUUUUAUGUUCUUGGGAUUCACUUUAUUGCCACCAGGUCUAAAUAAAAUUGUCCCACAUUCUGCUAUAGAUAACUCUAACCACUAUAUGGUUUAUGAUGUCGAAAAAUAAAUUGUUUAUCUUCUUAAGCUCUCAAAAAGAAUUUUUUCCAUAAAUAAUAAAUAACAGCAUAAUUAAAUCAGUAAUAGUAUUUAAAAUAUUGCCUCAUGCUGCUAUUUGUCCUCUUUGUUGUUUUUCAUAUUUUAAUCUUAUAUGUAAAAUUAUUAGAAAUUAAUUUAAAAAAAAAAUUAUUCGUGAAAUAAAAUUAAAAAUAAUUAUUUCAAUUUUUUCUUUUUGUUAUUUAUGUUGUCAUUAAUUAAAAAAAAAU